AUGCUUUUGUUUAUCAUCGUGGUUCAAGGAUUCGGUUGUCGAAUAGGCUGCUCAUAUCUGUUGGAAAGUGUCGAUCCACGACCUGGUCAAUGUCCUAAACUGGUCGAUAUCACUGAGAAUGAGUCCUCUUCAAUAGCAAAAAAAUCUACCACAUUUUCAGAGACGCCGCGAUGUGGUAGCGAGUGUCGUUUGGACUCCGCUUGUCCGAAUUCAUUACACAAAUGCUGUACCACGGGAUGUAGUCGUGUUUGCACACAGCCCAUAUUCAACGACAGUACACCUCCACUACCCGGAGCAUUGACGCUGCAAAUUUCAGAAGUCUCAACCGCCAUACUCUCACUGGACUGGUCUUCACCUUACAGUCAAUUGACAAAAGCUUGCGGCCCAAUUGUAUUUAUUUUACAAACGCGAAUAUGUGCAUGUAAGGUAUUGGAUGCGACACAACUGACCAAAUGGCAAACGUUGAUUAUGACACAUCAAUUCGGUGCAAAACUGGAUGCAUUUGAACCGGGGAAAAUGUACCAGUUCCGAAUAGCCGCCGUCAGUCCUCAUGGUACACGAGGGUUUGGUCCGGAAUCCGAGCCGNCCGAGCCGUAUCCGAGCCAACCGGAACCACCGGCUCCACCUGGUCCCCCAACAAACGUGACCGAUUCUAUGUGGCGUUUCUAUUCCAGCGGCAGUAUCAGUGUACUGCUUAGCUGGCAACCUCCGAUUCGAACGGACUUGCCCAUUAUGGAGUAUGUGGUAUACUGGGUGAUUGAUCACGGAUAUAUACAAUCCGGUGGGCAGGCUUUGGAAGGAUUAACACAAUUCAGUCACACUCUUGCUCCGGUUACUGCAGUGUCUUACUGGCACGGUCAUGGUCGUCUUCUUUCACAACCGAACACUAUCUUCCUAUCGACACAAUCAAUUCAUCCCAUUUAUUCACAUCAGUCCACCAUGGAGGACAAAUUCCGAGCUACGAAAGGACUGGACUAUGUAUUCGAAUGGUCUCCACAAGUAUGCAUCAAUUCCAAAGAAAGUGAUAUACUCACACUGAAGCAACGCUUAACUGUCCCCGCCAGAACCCGAGUGGUCACAUUAGGAAAUCUAAGUUUCAAUUGUCGAUACGUGGUGAAAAUCAUAGCAUCUACCAGGCAACGUUCAACUAGUGACCCCAAUUGGUUGAAUCCGGACGGAGUUCAAAGUUCAGCUUCAUCAAAUGGGAAUCCUGAGCUGAAUGAUCCGGAAGUCUUCCCCGUCAGACGUAGCUGCUUUUGUACUCCAUCCUGUCUGGAAGUGGAGGUGGGCCAAGGUCCGGCUCCGGCUAAUUGUGCCCCAGCAGAUCCAGGACCGCCACCACCUCCGGCCAAAUUGACUGCCGCCCAAACUGGAUCGUUGGACUAUCGGAUUAAAUGGGAUCCUCCGAGACCGAGUGAAACACAAACCAAAACGACGAUGCUUGUGAGUCGUCAGCAUACGCGAUCUGCUCUACUCGGUCCCCUGGUCAUGGGCACCAAAUAUCGUGUGGUAUGGGCUCCUCGAAUAGAUGAACCGGUCAACAAGGACAUGUAUAACGAUGAUGUUGGUUUCAGUCCGAUUAUGGACACACAACAGUCAGACGUUCGGAUAGUGGAAGAAAAUCAAACGUGGAUUGAAUUACGUGAUCUGCAACCGGGAACGUUUUAUAUUGUCCGAGUGCAAACUUUGAUCACAAGUGAGACUGGGUAUCAACGAGAAAGUUCCCCAGUGGCUGUCUAUUUUGUGACAGCCGAACAGAAUCUACCUCCUGGUUCGCAUACGGCACAGUCCGAUAUGGGCAAUCAAGGUUCUUCGAAGGGCCCACCUCAGCCAGUGCAAAAAUCUCUAAUCCUAGUUCUCUCAACGGCUGUGAUAUUCUACAGAUUUAUAAUUAACGAUUUAUAA